UGUACUGGAUCAUACGUGUAUGCAGGAUGUAAAUACAGAGAGGCAUUUUAAGAUCAGGAGACUAUGGUGGAGGAGCUGCAAAUGCAUUUUUUCAAGGUAAAUCAUUCUGUCAUGAGGAUUUGAUAGAUGUGUUAUGUGUAUGUUUUUUUAAUUAUGAAAGAUUACUCGAUUACUUUGCUGUUUUGCUUUGUAUGGCCUGCCUGUGCUGAUGAACGUAGCCGAUCGAACACUACAAAGUAGUGACAUGGAGGCAAAUGCGCCAAUAAAAAAGGCUGGCACACAGUUGUUUCAUUACACGGGUCAAUCGGCUCCUGACUUUGAGAGUUCCAGCGAUUUACCCUCAGGCUCGGCUGUAUCUGCCUUACAGUCCAAAUUCAAAGAACGAUCACAAAGGCGGUCUAAAGGAAAAGAGAUGCAUGUUUUGCUCAAGGAUCCGCCAGAAACUUUAAAGAAACCGGACAAGAAACAAUCACCUUUGAGCAUCGCAGAAGUCAAAAUAGUUAACAUGUGCAGCAGUGAUGAGGUUUCUGAGGUACAAGGCUUUGUAACUCCAAGCCAGCUAACGGAAAAGAAAUGGCAAAAAGACUCGAUUCCCAGUUUUGAUAAUGAGUUUGGAGAAGGAUCCAGAAUAGAGGAUUUCAUAAAAAUUGGAGAUGGAGGCACCCUUCUGUCAAAGCCCACUUCUUCUCCAAGGUAUUGGAUGCCGCCAAAAGGGUUUUGGAGAGUGGCUCGAAGAGAGGAGCAAAAUUUUAAAUUCAGAGGUACUGCUCUUCACAAAGAUUUGCAAGGAUUGGACAGCUUAAAGAGCACUUCCACCCAAAGAUGCUUCCAAAACGAACAAGGUCCAUUAGAUGAACCCAGGAAGGAAGAUAUUUCAGAGGCAGAGAUCACCAAACCCACCUCAGCCAUGUUUGCCGAAGGACAGUAUCCACCUCCAAACAAAGAUUUACCUCCAUCUUAUAAAGGGACUGACUGGGAUACAACAAUCAGCUGCAGAUCCGGGUUUAACAUUAGAUCCGACUUGACUCUUAGCCCACGCCAUGAGCAGGCAAAACGUUUGCUGGAGAGAGCCAGAUCGAAGGCUCACUCUCAGAACCAACAUAAUGACCAGGGGACUUCAUCCAUACAGAGAGAAGUCUUGGAGAUGUUACCAAUGCAUACCCCACCACCGAAGAUCAUUACAACCACUCACGAGCAGAAAGGUCCCUCAUCUGGCAAGCUGCUGCACGUUCCAGGCAGGAACAGUGAGCAUGGUGGUCACUUGCGGAGACAAGGUCAAUUCGGUCAUGUCCACUUUGAGGAGGAGUCACAGAAUGCGACAGAGCGUCACUGCCAAAGUAGAGUUUUCAAGCAUAAACCGGUGUUGAUGGACAUUUUACUAUCUAGCCAGCAACCAAAGGCACCACCGCCUCUUGCAGUCCCACAAGAUAGUAAGGGUUUAGGAUCAAGCCAGGAUAGUGCAGGAAUCCCACUGGCCAUUCAUGGUAAUCAAGGGGAUCCCUUUAUAAAGACUGUAUUGCGCAAGAGUGAGCCCCAGAAAUGUAAGGCCUGUGGGAACAUCCUGACACUAAAUCAUCCCAAAGAAUCUAGGCAAAAUGCAGAUGGACUGAGAAACUCUGGUAAUCAGUGGGUUACUUCUGGUCAACAAAUUGUUAAACCAAAUCUAUUAGAAGGUACUAUGUUGACUGGAAGUUCCAGCCUGGAUGACAAUGUCAUGGCUGCAGAAGAAGGUGAUCUUGGAGAAAGAGCAUCAGCUUUUGGGAAGCUCCGAAGGAGGAGUCGCAAAGGGGAGAACAGAGUUGAGGUGAGUUAUGGCCCUUAUGCUCGUGGUCAAGAUCUGUUGGCGCAAAGAAGGAAUUCUAGGACCAGAUCCGGUCUGGAGGAGGUCUCUGGACCUCGUUCCAAACCUGCACGAGGUGUUAGAUUUGCUACUGAUUCCUUUACACCAAGAACUACAACUUCCAGAAACUGUAGGGAUUCUGCUGGAAUCCACCUGCCUAUAAAAUCCGCUUUAAAGUCUGGGUCCAAGAGCAGACCAAUAGAGCAACUCGGUGUAAAGACCCUGUCUUCAGUGCAGGAAGUGGAGAAAAGUCCUCACCAUGCGGUUGCAACCCCCCAGGACCUUGGUGCUCCUUCACAGGUUUCACAAGUCUCCUCAGGACUAAUUCCUUGUUUUAAAUCAUCCUCUUUUAAGUACUUGUUACCUGUGGUAGCACCUGUAGAGUCUUUAGAUGUCCUUUUGCCAAGCGAGGAUUCUACCUGUGCUGCCUCUCGCCCAACAGAAAAUUGGCCGAUUGUCCGAGGUGCGGCCAUGUCCAAGACAGAGGAUUUAAGAGCAGAACUUCUUAGAUCAGUACACAGAAAAGCUGAAUUACAGUGGGAUGAAAAUUUAGCUGCAUCACGGAAAACACUGGAGCGGGACGGACGGCCCAAGCUCUCUCUACGCCGUUUUUUCUCGGCCAUGGGCCUGAACAGCAUGGGAAAGAUGGUGAAGGGCAGUCGGUCCAGUAGCAUGGAGCAUCUGUCGCAUUUCACAGCCAGAGCUUCUCCAAGCUCCACUCACAAAGGCCAGACUCUAUUGCAGAGAACACCAUCUCUUCAGGCCUUAAAUAUGGCUACUUAUCAGGAGUCUCCUCUUGCUCAGCUGCGUAAAGCUUCUUCUUUCCAAAGCCUGCAGUCACCAAAGAAGAAAUAUGAGCGCUCAGCUGUUCCUGGAGAGCUUCAUUUGCCUCUUCCCUUUGGUACCAGGGAUCAUUAUAAUAAAAAGGGAAUGGAAAUCCUAGAUGCAUCUCAACCUUCAGGUCCAAUGGGCCGAAUUCUCCAGACGUUACCUGAUGGAUCUUUGCUGCUGGAGCUCACUAGACCAGUCAACGCACCUUUCGGCUUUGUUAUCUGUAAAGGAAAAGGUCGACCCGACUCAGGAAUAUAUGUAGAGCAAGUGGGAGGCGGUACCACAGAGAACAUCUACACCAGCCUUUUGGCAGUAGGAGAUGAAAUCCUGGAGGUCAACGGAGAAAAGGUGACUGGGUUGAGCCUUGACCAGGUGACCUGUCUGAUGACUCGUGAGAGUUCGGCUACCGUCCGAAUCGUCCCACAUCGUUGGAUUCAGCACUGAACUGCUCAAGGAUACAUAAUGGAUCCAAUUGUUGAAUUUCGGAAAUGUGAAUGGAGGGAAAGUGCACCAAGUCUCUGUUACUAUAAAGAGGAAAAUUAGUGUCCAUGCCGUGCUCAAUUCAACACCUUAUGAUCUGACCAAUAAGAUUAGAGAAAUCAUUAGUGCUGUUCACCUAAAUUUAUUAGCGUAGGCGUAAAAUGCAUUAUGGGUAACACACGUAUACCUCAGCCACCAAGCUAAAGCGUAUAGAGAUUAAUUUAUCGUACUUCUAUAAGGUAUUUAUAUUAGAGUUAGGGUUCUAUGUGGUUGUUUGUUUUAAUAGCUGAUAUUGUAGUUGAUCUCUCAAUUGAUAUAAUUGAUUCAUUGGUGAAUGUCUGUACUGCUGCUUGUGUUUAUGUCUGUACUCUUGACUGGGAACAA